AGAACUGAAAGACAAAAGAAAGAUAAAAGAAGACAUGAAAAAAGUGGAAUAAAGAAGAAAAUGAAUGUGAGGAAGCACGUUGCAAUAAUAAGGAGAGAGAUACACAGAGAGAGAGAGGAAGAGAGAGGAGCAAGAGACGGCAGAGGAGAUGGCCAUGACGGAGCAGAGGCGCGGGCGCUGUGGCGGAGCGUGUGAGGCGGCGGAGCAGCGCACGGUGUCGCUGCAGGCUCAGGAACGGCGUCUCGGCGGCUCCGCCCCGGUGCGGCGGAGAGCCCGGCUGUGAGCGCGGGGGGGCGGCGCGGGCCGGGCAGCAGAGCCGGUGCGUCCGGGCGGCGGCGGGGAGCCGUGCGGGGCCCGUGCCGGGGCCGGCAGCCAGAGCGGCACAGGCGGCGGCGGCGGCGGCGGCGAUGGGGGAGCGUUGUUGUGCGGUGGUGCGGGUGCUGGUGCUGCAGGCGGCCUGGGCGCUGUCGGGCGGGCAGGUGCGGUACUCGGUGCCGGAGGAAGCCAAGGCCGGCACGGUGGUGGGCCGUCUGGCGCAGGACCUGGGCCUGGAGGCGGGCGAGGCGGAGGCGCGGCGGCUGCGGCUGGUGGCGCAGGGCCGGCGGGCGAGCGUGGAGGUGAGCGGGGCGAGCGGCGCGCUGCUGGUGAGCUCGCGGCUCGACCGGGAGGAGCUGUGCGGCAAGAGCGCGCCGUGCGCGCUGCGGCUGGAGGUGCUGGUGGAGCGGCCGCUGCGCGUCUUCCAUGUGCAGCUGGAGGUCACCGACAUCAACGACAAUGCCCCCAUCUUCCCCGCCGCCCGGAAAAACCUCAGCAUCGCGGAGUCAUCUCUGCCGGGGUCUCGUUUCCCGCUGGAGGGCGCGUCGGAUGCGGAUAUCGGAGCGAACGCGCAGCUCUCCUAUGCACUCAGCCCCAGCGAGCACUUCUCCCUGGAUUUGCAGCGGAGUCAGGAAUACCGAGAAUCCCUGUUUCUGGUACUCACCAAACAUCUAGAUCGCGAGACGAUUCCCGUUCACCGGUUGGUGCUGACGGCGAGUGACGGGGGCCGGCCGUCUCUGACGGGCACCAUGGAGCUGGUGAUCUCGGUGCUGGAUGCAAACGACAACGCACCUCAGUUCAACCAGUCAGUGUAUAAAGUGCAGCUGCCGGAGAGCACGGACGAAGGGACGCUUGUGGCGCGGGUGAACGCCACGGAUCCAGAUUUGGGAAGCAAUGGUGAAUUGAUGUUUAGUGCAAGCAAUAUUUUUCCUGAACAGGGAUUAAAAGUUUUUCUUUUAAAUGCGAAGACGGGCGAGAUCCGUCUCACGGGACCCCUGGACUAUGAAGACAUCCGUUCAUAUGAGAUACAAAUAGAAGCGAUAGAUAAGGGUACGCCCCCGCUGUCGGGUCACUGCAAGGUGCUGGUGGAGGUGCUGGACGUGAACGACAACGCGCCGGAGGUGUGGGUGACGUCGCUGUCGGUGCCGGUGCCGGAGGACGCGUCGGUGGGGACGGUGGUGGCCCUGCUGAGCGUGUCGGACCGGGACUCGGGGGCGAACGGUCGCGUGCGGUGCUGGGUGUGGCCGGCGUCGCCGUUCGGUCUGGAGGCGACGUUCGCGGGCUCGUACUCGCUGGUGCUGCGCGAGGCGCUGGACCGGGAGCGGGUGUCGGAGUACGAGGUGGAGGUGCGUGCGGAGGACGGCGGGGCGCCGGCGCUGCGCGGCAGGCGCGGGCUGCGGGUGGCGGUGUCGGACGUGAACGACAACGCGCCGGCGUUCGCGCAGGCCGUGUACACGGUGCUGGCGCGGGAGAACAACGCGGCGGGCGCGGAGCUGGCGCGGCUGUGGGCGCGGGACCCGGACGAGGCGGGCAACGGGCGCGUGAGCUACUCGGUGUGGGAGGGCGGCGUGGGCGGCGGGUGGCGUCCGGCGUCGAGCUACGUGUCGGUGGACGCGGAGAGCGGGCGUCUGUGGGCGCUGCAGCCCUUGGACUACGAGGAGCUGCAGGUGCUGCAGUUCGAGGUGCGUGCGGUGGACGCGGGCGAGCCGCCGCUGUGCGGCAACGCCACGGUGCAGCUGUUCGUGCUGGACGAGAACGACAACGCGCCGGCGCUGCUGCCGCCUGCGGGCUCGGCGCCGGAGGCGGGCGGCGUGGCGGGCGAGGCGGCGGCGGCGGCGGCGGGCUCGGUGUCGGUGUCGGGCACGCUGUGGGCGUGGGCGGCGUGGGGGGCGCCGGCGGGGCAGGUGGUGGCGAAGAUCCGCGCCGUGGACGCCGACUCGGGCUACAACGCGUGGCUGCGCUACGAGCUGUGGGAGCCGCGGGGCAAGGGCCCGUUCCGCGUGGGGCUCUACAGCGGCGAGGUGAGCACGGCGCGGGCGCUGGAGGAGGCGGACGGCCCUCGCCAGCGGCUGCUGAUCGUGGUGCGCGACCACGGCGAGCCGGCGCGCUCGGCCACGGCCACGCUCAGCGUGUCGCUGGUGGAGGCCGCCGAGGCGGCGCUGGCCGCGGCCGCGGGAUCGUCGUCGUCGUCGUCGCGGUCGGCGGCGGGCGCGGAGAUGGGCGCUGGUGCGGCGAGUGCGGCGACGAACGUGUGGCUGGUGGUGGCCAUCUGCGCGGUGUCGAGCCUGUUCCUGCUGGCCGUGGUGCUGUACGGGGCGUCGCGCUGGGCGCCGCGGGCGGCCGUGCUGUCGGGGCCCGGGCCCACGACGCUCGUGUGCGCCAGCGAAGUGGGCAGCUGGUCGUACUCGCAGCGCCACAGCCGGAGCCUGUGCGUGGCGGACGGCGCGGGCAAGAGCGACCUCAUGGUUUUCAGCCCCAACUUCCCUCCGCCGCCGCCCGGCCCCGCGGCCAAGGACACGCAGCCGGAGCCCUCCGCUCUCCUGGACACGGUCAGUGGCACCGCCUUGCUCGCCUCUACUCUUUCUCUUUCCCUUUGUCCCUUCUCUCUCAUUUCCUAACCUGGCUCUGCUAUUAGCCGGGCUCCGCCUUCUCGGCCUGACGGCGAUGGGUGCUUAAGUUAAUUGUAUUGGGUGUUAAUUGCACCUUUGUAUCUGCUGCCUCUUCCUUGCAGGGUAAGGGUAGUGCGGUAACCUCUUUGUGUAGACCCCUGAGAUUUGCUGGUGUGGAUGUGAAUUGUUCCGCCCUAGAAUGAAAUCACUGCUGGUUGCCAUGGGAGCUGUCCUGUGAUGCCUGGAGGUUUCCGUUUUGGAGACAACGCUCCUGCUUGCUGGUUGUGUAGAUUUUCCACACGAGCUUGCUGAAGCUGUGCAGGACAGGCUGUGACGGUGACAGUCCCCCAAGUGCUGUGUACCUCCUCAUUGCCUUUGCUGACUGUGGUGGUAUCACAUGUGGUUUCUUCUGUGCCCUCAUGUUCUGUCAUGUGUCCUCUACAAGCGAUGCGAGGCAAGGUGACCAAUUGGACUUGUGUUCCCACGUCAUUAUUAAAACUGGGAAGGCAUUGUGGUCUUUUCAUGUUUUGUUUCGCGCCCAGUUUUUGUUAGCUGCAGUUGUUAACUUGCAUUCCUGGC